AUGGAGAGUCUUGUACAGAUACCUCCGGAACCGUUAGACGGGCUCCUGCGGACACAGAGACGGGAGCAGGCUGCGGAGCAGGAUUCGGAGCAACAAGUAAACGAAAAAUACGGGCUCGAGAGAGAUGCCGAAGGCUCCAAUGAGGCCGUAUGCGUAGACAAGAGCAGCAGUGAGCACUGUAAAGGUGACACGGAAGGCCAGGAGCUGGCGAAUUUCAACGAGGAGGAGGACUACGUGUCGUCUUACUUGCCCAUCACCUGCUACUCGAUCUUGAUAGCGCUGGGUGGGCUUGUGUUUGGGUACGACAUCGGCACGAUUGGCGGACUGGUGGACCUUCCUGCGUUGAGUGCCCGGUUCGGAGACAGUGUGCAGACGGGGCCGGCAACGUUCAGCCCCAUUGUGAAGGGAGCGUUAGUGAGUGUGUCGUGUCUGGGCGGGUUUGUCAGCGGAGGGGUUGCGGCGAAGCUGAUCCCGGUCAUCGGCAUGCGGUGCACAAUCUUUGUGUCCAUGUUGCUGUAUGCGCUCGGAAACACGGUGAUCUUACUUGCUCCGUCGUGGGAGGUGAUUCUUGUGGCACGGGUGUUCAACGGCGUGUGCAUCGGGCUCACCACCAUCACCUGCCCCAUGUACAUCAGCGAGAUCACGCCUAUCCGGGAGCGGGGCUUGUUCACGAGCUUGAACCAGCUCUUCACAACGGUCGGCAUCGUCAUCGGGGCCUUGAGCAUCUUGUUCUCCGCCACAAGGUACUACCCGGACGACAUCUCGCAGUACCAGUACCCGUUGCUCCAGGGAAUCCUUCUCUCGGCGAUCGGCGGGGUCGCCAUCUGGCUCGUCCCGGAGUCGCCCGACUGGUUGGUGAAACGUUCGAAGCCAAUCAGCAAGGUCAAGAAGUCCUUGGGCAAGUUGCGCAGCCUCCCGUUCGACGACGAGUGCAUCAUCAACGCCACCGCCAAGCUCUUCGACUACAACUUCCAGAUGAACAACAUCCACCAUCUUGACAGCAAGAACUCGACGUCGAUCCUCAAGGGUCGGCCAAAGUACUUCCAGAGAACACUCACCGGCGUCGUCUUGCUUGCGUUCCAGCAGUUCACCGGCAUCAACUACUUCUUCUUCUACGGCAUCACGAUCUUCGAGAACGUCGAGUUGAAGACCCCAUACCUCGUGCCAGUCAUUUUCGGGGUGGUCAACUUGAUUUUCUCCGGCUUGUCUGUCUACGUGAUCUCCCUCUUCGACCGCAAAGUUUUGCUCAUCUUCGGGUCAGUGAGCUUGACGCUGUUGAUGGCGGCAUUCACCGCCGUGGGCACCUUCUGCGAGGUGAACUUCCACGUGACGAUUCUCCUCAUCGUGCUCUCGUGUCUCUUCAUCGCCGUCUUCAGCAUGACGUGGGGCCCAAUCGCCGCCGUCGUCAUCUCCGAGCUGUAUCCGCCCAGAAUCAAGGUCAAGGCCAUGUCCGUGUGCGGGUCCAGCUCGUGGAUCUUCAGCUUCACCAUAGCCUUGGUGAUCCCCACCUUGACAAGCAAGAUCGGGUUUGCGCUCGGAGGCGUGUUUGCGCUCUUCACGUUUCUGAGCAUCUUCUUUGUGCACUACCUAGUGCCGGAGACGAAGAACGUGUCGAGCACGAGGCUGGACCGGAGCUACGAGACCAACCCGAGCCGGUUCGGGGUGGUUCUACAGAAGUGA